UCCGUCCCGCCCCGGCCCGUCCCUCCCGCGCAGCCCCGGGGCCGCUCGGCUCGGCGGGGCCCGGCCCGGCCCGCGGCGGGCACAACGGGCCGCGUCCGGACCGGCACCCGGCAAGGCAUCGAGGAUGAAACUGCUGUGGAGAGCGAAAAUGACCACGUUUCAGGAUGGGGGUGAAGAGGUAGAAGAUGGAGCUGUCUACAAUGUCACCCUKAAAAAAGUGCAGAUUCAGCAGGCUGCCAACAAAGGAGCUAGGUGGCUGGGGGGGGAAGGAGACCAGUUACCCCCAGAGCACACCAUCAGACAGUAUGAAACAUCCAAGAUCAGGGCUAUAAAAGCUGGAACUUUGGAGAAACUGGUGGAGAACCUUCUCACAGCUUUUGGAGAUGCRGAUUUUUCCUACAUCAGCAUCUUUCUCGCAACAUACAGGGCCUUUGCUUCUCCCAGGGCAGUGCUGGAACUCCUCCUGGACAGGUUUGGAAAUCUGGAGACCUCAAGCCACGGAGAAGUGGCAAACCUGAAUUCCUUGGAAUCCGAGAUGGUACUCAGGGCUGAAAUAGCAUCAGUGUUACGGGCCUGGCUUGAUCAGUGCUCUGAGGAUUUCAGGGAGCCCCCCGGCUACACAUGUUUGCUGAAGUUGCUGGAUUACCUGAAGAACAACAUGCCCAAUUCUGACAUGGAGAGUAGGGUGCAGAACCUCUUGAAGCAGUUCCAGAACCAAGAAGUGGAAGCUGUUGAUGGGUUCUGUAGCACUUCCUCCAGUGACCUAGUUGAUGGAGAGGAACUGGAGAUCAGCAAUCCMGAAGAAUUCUCCUCUUUUCAAGACCACGUUGUGGCAGAACAGUUGACAUACAUGGAUGUGAUGCUCUUCAAGAGAGUUGUGCCAUACCACUGUUUGGGAUCCAUCUGGUCUCAAAGGGAUAAGAAGGAAAACAAGAACCUGGCUCCGACUGUCAGAGCCACCAUCACUCAGUUCAAUGCAGUCACCAAAUGUGUCAUCAGCACUAUCCUGGGGACCAGGGAGCUCAAAAUCCAGCAGAGAGCCAAAAUCAUUGAGAAGUGGAUUCAUAUUGCACAUGAAUGCAGGAUCCUGAAGAACUUCUCUUCUUUGAGGGCCAUCAUUUCAGCUCUGCAGUCCAACUCCAUCUAUCGGCUGAAGACCACCUGGAUGUGUGUUUCAAAGGAUAUCCUGGUGAUGUAUGAAGAGCUGUCUGAGAUCUUCUCAGACCAUGACAAUUAUCUGACAAGUCGRGAGCUGCUGAUGAAGGAAGCAACAUCCAAAUUUGCAAAUCUGGACAGCAGUGAGAAAGAAAAUCAGAAAAAAUCACAGAAGCGACUGCAACUUCAAAAAAAUAAGGGAGUGAUGCAAGGCACAGUCCCUUACCUGGGCACCUUCCUGACCGAUCUCAUCAUGCUUGACACGGCCCUUCAGGACUAUGUUGAGGGUGGCCUGAUCAAUUUUGAGAAGAGACGAAGGGAAUUCGAAGUCAUUGCUCAAAUCAAGCUCCUGCAAUCUUCAUGCAAUAGCUAUUGCUUGAUACCAGACCAAAAAAUCAUCCAGUGGUUCAGGAGGCAGCGGCACUUAACAGAGGAGGAGAGUUACCAACUCUCUCGUGAGGCUGAAGCAGCUGCUGAUACCAACAUCCUGUCCCCAAAGUCCCAGAAAAGCAUGGUGAAGAGGAUCAGCACACUUUUUCUGGGCUCUGAUGUGUUCACCCCACCCAAAGAGCCACCCCCAAAGAGCUCUCCUGUAGGAGGGAGCUCCGGUGAAAGCACGGAUUCAGCCAGUGUUUCAUCGUGUGAGUUCAAUCACUCUGAAACUGAGGAUGUGUGUGUGACUCCCAUCUCCAGUCCUGAGGACCCUCUGAAAAAGAUCUUGGGAUACCCCUCAUCYUCCUGCUCUCCUGACUCUGCCACCAGCACACCUUCCUCAGGGGUGUCAUCCUCAUCCUCACCCUCAUUCCCUGCCCUGCUGGCCCCCAGCGAUGACAAGAGCUCCGUGGGCUCGGACAAGGGCUACGACUCCGACAAGGGCUCCAUUGGCUCCGACAAGGGCUCYGGCUCCAGCAAGGGCUCGGACUGCAGCAAGGGCUCCGUCUUUGAGCCUGGCUCGGGCUCAGACAGCGGCUCCACCCCCAGCAGGGACUCGGGCUCGGUGGCGGGCAGUUCCCCCAGAGUGCUGCCCGUGUACAACCGGCAGAGCGGGGGCUCCUGCAUCAUCCGCGUCAGCAUGGAUGGGCUCCAUGCCAGCGUCUACAAGAGCAUCCUGAUAACCAACCAAGACAGGAUCCCUGAUGUCACCCAGCGAGCCUUGCUGAAGCACAACCUCCAGCCUGAUGCUGUGGAAGAUUACGAGCUUGUGCAGGUCAUCUCUGAGGACAAAGAGCUGGUGUUCCCCCGCGAUGCCAACGUGUUCUAUGGCAUGAACAGCCAUGUGAACUUCGACUUCAUCCUGCGCAAGAAGGCACAGCUGGUCGGCUGAGGCUGCACUGGUGCUGCCCUCCCGGGCACAGGGGGAUCUUUUGAUGGAGUUUCCUGUCGAAAAUGUGCAAUUGGAGCAAUGGGCAGCCCUACUGCAAAGGGUCUGGGCUGCCAUGCUUGUCCUGAGGACACCCCAUGAGCCAACUGUCUCUGAGAAGAGUCUCCUUCGUGCCAGUAUUAUACAGAAGAUGAUCACCAGAAUUUAUUUUUAUAGAACUGAAGCAAGUUCUGAGUACAUGUCUGCCUGAACCAGCUGAAAACUUUUUGCACUUGUUCUGCACCAGACAAUGACCCAUUUUGGACCUUGUUUCCAAAGAACUUUAAAAUGAAUGAACUGCACUUGCCUUUGCAUGAACAUGGGACAAGCAAAUGCUCCUCGUGUUGGAUGGAGGUGUCGAUGUCACGACAAGAUGGUUUCCCUUGGACUUGGUUAAGCCAUGACCAGAACUCGAUGCCUUUUUUGUGCACUCCCCUGUGAUGGAUGGACCUCUUCCCAGUGUGCAAUUCCUCUGCAGGAGCUGAACACUGAACCUCUUUAAAAGCCAUAAAUGAGACGCUGGACUGUAAGCAACCCUGAUUUGAGGCACAUGAAAUAGAUGCAGUAUUUCUGGUUCUGGAGGUAGCACUGUGCACCCCUGCGCAGAUCUAGGAGUUAUUACCCAAACAGAUUAGGAUUGUUAAGGAUCAUUAGUUAUAAGAAGAGGGCUUUAUCCAUGCCUGGGCCUUUUUCCUCCAGUUCUGUGGCACUGAUUUGCAAAACUGGGCUCAGGUAGGUUUUACACUACAUGUGGAUGUAACACUUCUGUUUACAAGCAGGUCAAGCAGACAGACUGCAGGUCUGCUGUACAUCCAGGAGACCCAGGGCAGGUCCAUUUAUGAACUCCAGUUGUAUCUUUGUUUAGAGGGUGAUGGGGGGUUGUUACUGAGCCUUAACCUUUGCCCAGAGUUAGGGCAAUGCUAAAAGUUCAGUUUCCUCUGCUUUUGGUGUCUGUACAGUGCAGUUUCUCAUGUACAUAGCAUAACUCCUUAUGUAUAUAGUACCCCUCACUCAGAGGGUGUAUGGCAGUGUUAAGUUGAAUGUUCUGGAUUUUAAAAUUACACUUUCCAAAUGUUUAUAUAUAAGAUGUUUUUAACUGCUUACCUGUAAUCUUUAUAUGAUAAGUAUAUGAAUUGUUUUUCAUUAAUAUU